UGGUGGUUAGUUGGGGGCACCGAGAAGGUGAACCCCUUUUGUUCCUCCUCCCCUACGCGGCUACGGUUGCCUCAUUUGACCGAGAGAAGCAUCUACAAUACCCAACUACACGAAUCUUCGCGCACGUCGACUCCGCCUCCUCCUCCUCCUCCUCCUCCGUUCCUAGCCCUAACCCAAACCCUACCUCCUUUUUGACCUGCGCUUCCUUUUGUUCGAUCUCUACGAUCUCCGACCACCGAUCUAUUAGCUUCUCUGAGGUAACAUCAUCCUCCCAUCGAUCAUUCCAUUUUUCUCCAAGUUCUCAUUUCUUCAUUCCGAUCAAAGCUGAAGAUUUCAAUACUACCUUGGGAAUAUGGAAGCUGUUGGAUAUAGAGUUCCUCAUACCAAACUCUCUGGUUUUUGUUGUCAGCGAAAUGCUUCAGAAGUGUCUUGCUUCAGGACGAAGGCUUUUGCAAGUCACUUAACAUCUAACUUGCGAAACACAGAAGAAAAGUUGCAUAAAUGUAAAAAAUCAUUUGAAUUAGUUGCGUGCCCGUCGUAUUCAUGUACUAAUAAAGAUGGAGGUUUAGCCACAGCAUGUUUGAACACGCCUCAGAAAAGGCGUCACCAAAUCGGCAAUACUUUUUCUUCAGCAGAAGCAUAUAUUUUGGAUGAAAAUAUCACCGGGGUUCCUUUAAAUACUGCAAAAGAAAGAGUUGGUGUGCUGCUCCUGAAUCUUGGAGGUCCAGAGACCCUUCAAGAUGUUCAGCCAUUUCUGUUCAAUCUGUUUGCUGAUCCGGAUAUAAUUCGACUUCCAAGGUUGUUCAGGUUUCUUCAGAGACCACUGGCCAAACUAAUAUCUGUAGUAAGAGCUCCCAAGAGUAAAGAGGGUUAUGCUGCUAUUGGUGGCGGAUCACCUUUACGAAGAAUAACAGAUGAGCAGGCACAUGCUCUGAAGGCAGCUCUGGAAGAGAAGAAUUUGCCUGUAAAUGUCUAUGUUGGCAUGCGAUAUUGGCAUCCCUUUACUGAAGAAGCCCUUGAUCAAAUAAAGAAGGAUAAUAUUACUAAGCUUGUUGUUCUUCCACUUUAUCCUCAAUUCUCCAUAUCAACAAGUGGUUCAAGUAUCCGUGUUCUUCAGAAUGUCUUCCGGGAGGAUCACUAUUUUUCAACACUGCCGGUAUCAAUAAUUGAAUUUUGGUAUCAGCGCAAUGGUUAUAUUAACUCAAUGGCUGAUUUGAUACAGAAAGAACUGUCAAGUUUCUCUAAUCCUGAAGAGGUUAUGAUAUUUUUCAGUGCGCAUGGAGUUCCACUUAGCUAUGUUGAGGAUGCAGGAGAUCCGUAUAGAGAUCAGAUGGAGGAGUGUAUCAUCUUGAUCAUGGAUGAGUUAAAAUCCAGAGGAAUCUCCAACAACCAUACUCUUGCUUACCAGAGCCGCGUUGGCCCAGUUCAGUGGCUGAAGCCUUACACUGAUGAAGUUAUAGUUGAGCUUGGUCAGAAAGGUGUAAAGAGUCUCCUGGCUGUUCCAGUGAGCUUUGUGAGCGAGCAUAUUGAAACCCUGGAAGAAAUCGACAUGGAGUACAAGCACUUGGCUCUACAGUCAGGCAUCGAGAACUGGGGCAGGGUGCCCGCUCUCGGCUGCACCUCUUCCUUCAUUUCUGAUCUAGCAGAUGCAAUCAUCGAAGCCCUCCCCUCUGCCUCUGCCAUGAUCACCCGCGAUGACAUCACUUCCAACCAAUCUGACAUGGACAUUGUGCAAUACAUGAUCAAAAUGUUCUUCGGAUCAAUCCUGGCCUUCGUUUUGCUUUUCUCACCUAAAUUACUCUCCACAUUCAGGAAUUCUAUGUUAUGACCUUCUUAUUUAAUGGGGCUAUAUUUUACCAUACGGAAGAUGACAGCAGUUAUAAUUAAGAUUGUAAUAAUUUCCCAGGAUUUUAGAGUUACAAUAUACAAAGGUUGCAAGUGCAAUACAAUCCCCUUUUUGAUUAGCUUGUAGAAUGGAAUGAUCUGAUACAAUGUAACACCGGCCUUGAUGGAAAGAAUCAUCUGUUGAUAAUAUUACUAUUUAAGUGUGUUUAUCACUUUA